UGAAGAGUAAAUAGAAGGUAACAGAAGAAUAAAGUUAAAAAAUUCAUGGUAAAAUGGCAUCGAAAAGAACCACUUCGCUGAUGAAAAAAUAAUUCAGAUAUGUAGUCUUCUGAGAGGACUACACGGAUAACUGUUUCAAGAUGUAGUUAGAGUUAUUCGACCAUGUUCCAAGCGUUGGGCCUUCAAAAUGGAUCUUCGUCUGACGCGUCAGAAUCUACAGAUGACGGCUUGGAUGAUUCCUGGGACAUUACUACCAAAUGUUUGGUUGGAAUUCCAUUAGCCAUCAUCAUUUUCAUGGCUAUCACGGGCAACUUGUUAGUGUGCUUGGCCAUUUCUACAGAUCGCAGACUACGCAAGCUGGGGAACUUAUUUCUUAUAUCAUUGGCCGUCGCCGAUCUUUUAGUUUCGUCACUUGUCAUGACUUUUGCACUCGCUAAUGACCUUAUGGGAUACUGGAUGUUUGGUCCACAGUUCUGUGACACGUGGGUAGCAUUUGACGUCAUGUGCUCCACAGCAUCCAUUCUGAAUCUCUGUGCAAUAAGCUUGGACAGAUUCAUUCACAUAAAAGAUCCACUACGGUAUGGCCGAUGGAUGACUAGACGUGUCGUUCUGAUGUCCAUAGCUGGUAUCUGGAUUAUGUCGGCAUUGGUGUCUUUCCUCCCCAUCAGCCUGGGAUGGCACAAGCCUAAGAAAAUGGCUGAAUCAUUGGAUGAGGAACUACGACCUACGUGCGCUCUUGAUCUGACACCUGUGUAUGCUGUGGUGUCCUCCAUAAUAAGCUUUUAUGCUCCAUGCGUGGUCAUGGUGGCAUUAUACACAAGGUUAUACUUAUAUGCCAAGAAGCAUGUUAGAAACAUUCGUGCCGUCACAAAAACAGCAAACACAAAAAACUGCAACAGUAGCAAUCAUCAUCAUAACAUGGAUCAUAAAGCUGCCAUCACUUUAGGCUUUAUUAUGGGAACGUUCCUCGUGUGCUGGGUUCCCUUCUUUUGCAUCAACAUCGUUGCCGCUGUCUGCAAGUCGUGUAUUUCUGACUUGGUGUUUAAAUUUUUCUCUUGGCUUGGUUACUGCAAUUCUGCUCUGAAUCCUAUAAUUUACAGCAUUUUCAAUUCAGAGUUUAGAGACGCAUUUCGUAGAAUUCUUCUUACCUACAUUCAAGCCGAGUGCUGUUCAGGGACGAUUUGCAAGGGUUCUUCGCAGGAUAGACAAGACUUCCGUCGGACCAUGAAAGGAACUGGUUGCAACAAUCAUCUACGACCGCCAUCUUCUCCGUUAAACCCUGAUCCAAUAAACAGGAUUGAAAUGCAGGGUGAAUGGGCUGGAAAAUCAUCUGACGUUUAAGAUAUCACAGCAAUAAAACAAUUGAUAAUUUUAUUCAUGACAAUUUCCUCAUGAGUAUUAUUUAGAGUUUAAGAUAAAAUUUGCCUUCCUAAAAUUUUGUGCUAACCAAAAAUGUCUCGGAUG